AUGCAUCAUCUAAAAGUGCCUGUUCUGCUCCUGCUGGUUCUUGUACUGCUGCACUGUGUGACCGCAGCGCCAAACAACAGGUUCUCUAUCUCCUCUUCUAAGCUGGUGAAUGGGGCACUGGAUGAGAAAGAAUGGAUGAUGCCGGGUUUGCUGAUGAACCCUUACCUCCGGUUUGCAGGGUUACGAUCACAGAGAGCACUCAGUACAGUCAACAGUCAGCAGCACCACAUAGAGAAGAGACGAUGUAACACUGCAACGUGUAUGACCCAGAGACUGGCCGACUUCCUUGUCCGCUCCAGCAACACCGUCGGCACUGUCUAUAUACCCACUGACAUCGGCGGUAACACCUUCGGAAAGAGAGACGUGUUUCAGUCAAUCGACUCACUGCCACUGUAG